UACACUGCUUACUGCUUACUGCUUACACUGUUUAUCUACCGUUAUUCUUCUCCCUUCACCCGCCAGCACAUGGCCGUCGCGUGCCCCUCGCUGGUGCCUCCUUGACGAGGUCGUUGCAGGAACCGAUAGACUCUGAUCUGUUCUGACCAUGCGGAUCCCCCUCGCCCUUUUCGCCGCGGUGUCCUUCGCGUCCUCCGCCUCCUCCCUCGCAACCCACGAACCCGGUCGCUGUGCCAUUCGCGGCCACUGCGGCAAACAGUCCUUCUUUGGCAGCGAACUGCCAUGUCCUGAUAACGGCCUGGCCCAGGAGCCAGAUGCCUCGACGCGGAGGAAGCUUGUCAGCCUGUGUGGCAGCCGCUGGGCCGAGGGCCCCGUCUGCUGCCGCGAGGAGCAGGUCGACGUCCUGGCCAGCAACCUCAAGCUGGCAGAGGGCAUCAUCGCCUCCUGCCCGGCCUGUCGAGACAACUUCUUCAACAUCUUCUGCUCCUUCACCUGCUCGCCCGACCAGUCCUUGUUCGUGAAUGUCACCCAGACUGCCCAGGGCACCGCCGGCAAGGAGCUCGUCACCGAGCUCGACAACCUCUGGUCCGAGGAGUACCAGAGCGGCUUCUACAACAGCUGCAAGGAAGUCAAGAACGGCGCCUCGGGGGGCAAGGCAAUCGACUUCAUCGGCGGCGGCGCCAAGGACUACCCGUCCUUCCUCAAGUUCCUCGGCGACAAGAAGUUCCUCGGCAGUCCCUUCCAGAUCAACUACAUCACCGAGCCCCGGGGCUCGCAUCCAGAGGGUAUGCAGGCCCUGCCCAUCCACCCCAAGGCCUGCAACGACUCCGAUCCCGCCUUCCGCUGCUCCUGCGUCGACUGUCCCGCCGUGUGUCCCGAACUGCCCGCCGUCGUGGCCGAGGCCGAGUGUCGCGUCGGCCUGCUGCCCUGUCUGUCCUUCUCCGUCAUUCUGAUCUACUCGGUCUUUCUGCUGUUCGUCGUCGCCUUGUCCACCUAUGUCUCCUACAGGGAACGCCGCUACCGGAAACCCGAGCGUCUCCGCCUGCUGCAGGACCCGGCCCCAAGUGACGACGAAGACGAAGGCGAUGUCGUCCACGCCGGCGGCGUGCUGGAACCCUUGCACGGCGUCUACAAGCUCAACUCGCUCCUCGACUCCGCCUUCAACCGCCUCGGCCGUGCCUGUGCUCGCUUCCCCGCCGUCACCAUUGCCGCCAGUCUCCUCCUCGUCGCCCUGCUGAGUCUCGGCUGGGUCCGCUUCGCCGUCGAGACCGACCCCGUGCGCCUGUGGGUGAGCCCGACCUCCGCCGCCGCCCAGGAGAAGGCCUUCUUCGACGCCAACUUUGGGCCCUUCUACCGCGCCGAACAGGCCUUCCUCGUCAACGAUACCGGGCCCGUCCUGUCCUAUGACACCUUGGCCUGGUGGUUUGACGUCGAGUCUCGCGUCCGCCGCAUGAUCUCCCUCAAUCGCGGCUUGAUUCUCGACGAUGUCUGCUUCAAGCCCACAGGCGACGCCUGCGUCGUCCAGUCCCUGACCGGCUACUUUGGCGGCUCCGUCACCAACCUUCAUCCCGACACCUGGCAAGACCAGCUGCGUCAAUGUGUCAACUCGCCGGGCGAUCUGGCAUGUCUGCCGGACUUUAAACAACCGCUGAAGCCGGAGAUGAUCCUGGGCGGGUACUCCACUGAUGAUGAUGAUGAUGAUGAUGAUGAGAACGCGAAUGUGCUCGACGCAUCCGCCCUCGUCGUCACCUGGGUGGUCAACAAUUACCAGCCUGGCACCGAUGAGGAAGCCCGGGCGAUCGACUGGGAGGAUAGUAUGAAGAGCAUCCUCCAGGUGGUCCAGGAGGAGGCCGUCGAGCGCGGCCUGCGGGUGUCGUUCAACACCGAGGCGAGCCUGGAGCAGGAGCUGAACAAGUCCACCAACACCGACGCCAAGAUUGUCGUCAUCAGCUACCUCAUCAUGUUCCUCUACGCCUCGCUCGCCCUCGGCUCCGUCACCGUCACCUGGCGCUCGCUGCUGGCCCACCCGGCCAACGCCCUCGUGCAGUCCAAGUUCUCGCUCGGUAUUGUCGGCAUCGCCAUUGUCCUCAUGUCCGUCUCCGCCUCGGUCGGCCUGUUCUCCGCCGCGGGGGUCAAGGUCACCUUGAUCAUCGCCGAAGUCAUUCCCUUCCUUGUCCUGGCCGUCGGCGUGGACAACAUCUUCCUCAUCGUCCACGAGUUUGAGCGGAUCAAUCUGAGCCACUCGGACGAAGAGAUCGACGAGCGCGUCGCCCGCGCUCUCGGCCGCAUCGGUCCCAGCAUCUUCCUCUCCGCCGUCACCGAGACCGUCACCUUCGCCCUCGGCGUCCUCGUCGGGAUGCCCGCCGUCAAGAAUUUCGCCGCCUACGCGGCCGGCGCCGUCUUCAUCAACGCCAUCCUGCAGGUCACCAUGUUCAUCGCCGUGCUGGCGCUCAACCAGCGCCGCGUCGAGAGCUUGCGCGCCGAUUGCUUCCCCUGCAUCGCCGUCCGGAAAGCCAGCGCCCCCGCGGGUGGGCUCCCCCCCGACACGCUGUAUGAUGCCAAGGAUGCCGAGAGCACCCUGCAGGCCCUGAUCCGUCGACUGUAUGCCCCCUUCCUGCUCCACCGGCGCGUCAAGGUGCUGGUGGUCCUCGCCUUCCUGGGCCUGCUCACCGCUGGGAUCGCGCUGAUUCCCGAGGUGGCCCUGGGACUGGACCAACGGAUCGCCCUGCCGAGCGACUCGUAUCUGAUCCAGUACUUUGACGACCUGGACGCCUAUUUCCGCACGGGGGCCCCCGUCUACUUUGUCACCCGCGACGUGAACGUGACCGAGCGGCGUCAUCAGCAACAGCUCUGCGGCCGCUUCACCACCUGUGCCGAGUACUCGUUGCCCUUUGUGCUGGAGCAAGAGUCCAAGCGGCCCGAGGUGUCGUAUAUCUCGGGUUCGGCGGCGAGCUGGAUCGACGACUUUCUCUACUGGCUGAACCCGCAGCAGGAUUGCUGUCUCGAUGACGAGGGCCACCCCUGUUUCGAGAACCGCCGUCCCGGCUGGAACAUCACCCUGGCCGGGAUGCCGGAGGGACAGGAGUUUCUGGGCUACGCCGCGAAAUGGCUCGAAUCGCCCACCGAUGCGUCGUGUCCCUUGGGUGGCCAGGCGGCCUACAGCAACGCGUUGGUCGUCGACGCGGCGCGGACGAUGACCAACGCGAGUCACUUCCGCACGAGCCACACGCCGCUGCGCAGCCAGGAAGACUUCAUCCAGGCGUACCGGGCGGCGCGGCGCAUCGCGGACGGCCUCUCGCGCGAGCACGGGAUCGACGUGUUCCCGUACUCCAAGUUCUACAUCUUCUUCGACCAGUACGUGUCGAUCGUGCGGCUGACGGGCACGCUGCUGGGGUCUGCGGUGGCGCUGAUCUUCUUCCUGACGUCUGCGCUGCUGGGCUCGGUGGCGACGGGCGCCGUGGUGACGGCGACGGUGGUGAUGAUCGUGGUGGACAUCCUGGGCACGAUGGCGGUGGCGGGCGUGUCGCUGAACGCGGUCUCGCUCGUCAACCUGGUCAUCUGCGUGGGCAUUGCGGUGGAAUUCUGCGCGCACGUCGCGCGGGCCUUCAUGUUCCCCGCGCGCAGCCUGUUGGAACGGGCACCGCCCUCGUUGCGCGGCAAGGACGCCCGCGCCUGGACCGCCCUCGUCAACGUCGGCGGCAGCGUCUUCAGCGGCAUCACCGUCACCAAGCUGCUGGGCGUCUGCGUGCUCGCCUUCACCCGCAGCAAGAUCUUCGAGAUCUACUACUUCCGCAUCUGGCUGGCGCUGGUCAUCUUCGCCGCCGCGCACGCCCUGAUCUUCCUGCCCGUCGCCCUCAGCUACUUUGGCGGUGACGGAUACGCCGAUCCGGGCGCAGACGGGGGCCUCGAGGACAAUCUCGCGGCCCGUGGAUACCGGGCGAUGCUGGUGGACGACGACUACGACUCGGACGACUAUUGAUCAAUUCCCUUAUGCCUAUAGUUACCGUUGAUUUUUUGAUUCAUUAAUAUUACUUACUAUAUUAUUCUAACUGUAUGAGCUGCCAAAUAGCAUCACCACCGACUUGUGAUACAGCCAAUACCCAUCAAACCUCUCUAUUAAUCAUACUCUAAUCAUACUCUAAAUAUAC